CUCCAGCAUCAGUCGGAAAAGGAGGUAAACCUUACAGACAUACCCCAGCAUCAGUCGGAGUCGGAGUCAGAGGUAAACUUAUUUCCAUCUAGUCCAGUGCUUUGGAGGAGGAGGAAGAUUAUCAUCGUCAUUGUAGCUUCCUGAAAACCCCCCCCAAAAAGGGAUUUACUAGGGAAUUCAGCUUUCAAAAACUGACAUGCAUUUUUCAAAGGAUUACAAAAGGAAUCAGAGCAAAUGGAAGUUGAGGGACCCUCUAACACAGGGGUAGGCAACUAGAUUCAGCUGGUGGACGAAUUUUUGUUGGAGCGGAUGGUUGGGGGGCCGGAACAUAAUUAUAAUAAUUUGUACAUUACAAAUUGACCACAACUAAGCCCAAAUAGAGAUUGUAUUUGAAAAUAACAAUAAUUUCAUACUUUGAUUACAUUGAUUUUACUGUCUUUUUUAACCCCCAAAAAUCUAAAAUCCUGAUUUUUUUUGAAUACUUUUAAAUUUAAAAACAUUUUAUUUUUUUACAAAAGACUUCGGGGGGCAACAAACAAAAAUCACUCGUGGGCUGGUUUUGGCCUGUUGCCGACCCCUGCUCUAACAAAGCAGCAGCAUCUCACCCACCAUGACUACAUGCACUUUUACCAGUAUGAAACCAAUCCAGUCUGCGUUCCCUACCCCAGAACUGCCUUCCAUUUCUUCAUCCUCUUCCUCAUUGCCUCAACUGGGUGGCCAGAGCGACUUCAGGAGAGUCUGCACCACAGAUGAACCCACUGCCUGUCCAAUCCCUGGACUGGCAGCAGGCGUGCUCGAAAUGAGAGUGAAGGAAGGAAGCAAGAUCCGAAACCUCUUGGGAUUUGUAAUGGCUCGUAUGCAGAGAGAGGGACAGGAAGUGGAUGGGAGUCAGAUUCAGACGAUGCUGACUGUGAAAGAGGGAGUGACAGUCGACAGGAUUCAGAUGGGGAAGAGGCAAGGAGAGGGAAUCAUGGACAUUGGCCGGAGUCAGACCCGGACCGGGCUGAGAGUGAGACAGGUGGUUUUCACUGGAUCAGGCAAAGGGAUCACCAAAACCAUAACAUGUGUUGAGAUCCUGAAACGGAAACUGGGAGGACUACACCAGCUAUCCAAGCUCCACUACAAGACCGUGAGUGAGGUGUGGGAGAGUCAGGAGACUGACGUGACACCCAGGUCCAGGAUGACUGUUCAUAAGACUGUUCCUGCUAUCAGUAUCCUGCUGUCCAAACACCCACUGGACCCACGUGAGCCUGGGUAUCAGCCCCCAGAAACCCUGCAUGAUCCUAGCUACCAACCCCCAGGGCACCAGCCUCCUAGGUAUCAGCCCCCAGAAACCCUGCAUGAUCCUAGCUACCAACCCCCAGGGCACCAGCCUCCUAGGUAUCAGCCCCCAGUGACGCUGUGUGACAGUGUGAAAAUUCCACCUCGACCACGGCUCGAAUUCUGCGAAACACAACUGUUGUCAAUACCACUGACCCAGAAAAGCCAAACCCCUUUUUGUUUCCAGAGUGCCGGUACCUCUAGUUCUCAGGAGGGCAGUAGCGAUGCACGGAGCUGUACGCCACACCUGUAUGCCGCCUCGGAGAAAGAGAGGAAAACAGCAGGAGGAGAGACACUCUACAGUCCUUGUUCAUACAUGUUGCCUGGUCCUGAAGCCAAGAGAACCUGUAUGGAGAACCACCUGUUCCCCUCGACUCCCACAACUUGAAAGAAACUUGAGUUCCAUCUGCUCUGUGCUCCUGUUAGACACAACAGAGAAACAGAGGAAAGUGAGGAGACAACUGGAAGAUAUUGCAUUUGAGUAAAUGUUUAAAUUCUAGAAUAGAUUAUUAAAGGUGUAGUGGGUUAGGAACAAAUAGUAAACGCCUACUUUUUCAAAUUAUAUUUCAGUAGUUUAGGAAAAAUGUCUCAUAAAAUGAUGGCAAAAUGCUAAAUAAAUGUAAUUUAUGUUA